AGCUGCACAUACUACACAGAGCCUGUCUAACCACACGCAGAAACACACUGGGAGACGGUCUUAGACGGAUAGAAAUUAUUUCAAAAUGUCCGGUAUUGCAUCUAAACUUCAGCACAACCGAGAUAAAUCACACGGGAUAGGGACCAAUUCUCAUGCGGUGAAAUACCUCAACCAGGACUUUGAAGAGCUGCGGAGAAGCUGUCUGGAGAGAGGACAGCUGUUUCAGGAUGACUGCUUCGAGGCUCUGCCUUCAUCCUUAGGCUUCAAAGACCUUGGACCAAAUUCCUACAAGACAAGGGGCAUCACCUGGAAAAGACCCACGGAAAUCUGUUCCAAUCCACAGUUUAUAGUUGGAAAUGCAAACAGGACUGAUAUUUGUCAAGGAGCGCUUGGUGACUGCUGGCUCCUGGCAGCUAUCGCCUCCUUGACUCUCAGUAAACAGGUCUUGUCUCGGAUUGUCCCCCAUGACCAAAGCUUUGAUGAGAACUACGCUGGCAUCUUCCACUUUGAGUUCUGGCAGUUUGGUGAGUGGGUGGAUGUGGUAGUCGAUGACCGUUUACCCACUAAAGAUGGAGAGCUGUUGUUCGUUCACUCAGCAGAGGGUUCAGAGUUUUGGAGCGCACUACUGGAGAAGGCCUAUGCUAAGAUAAAUGGAUGCUACGAGGCUCUUUCUGGAGGCUCCACCACUGAGGGUUUCGAGGACUUCACUGGAGGCGUUGCCGAGAGUCAUGACCUGAGCAAACCAGAUCGUAACCUCUUCAGAAUCAUUAGGAAGGCCUUGGACAGAGGCUCGCUCCUGGGAUGCUCUAUUGAUAUUACCAGCGCAUCCGACUCUGAAGCUGUAACUCAUCGUAAACUGGUGAAGGGCCACGCCUACUCUGUGACAGGAGCGGAGCAGGUGGAGUACAGAGGAGACACGGUGCAGCUGAUCAGGAUAAGAAACCCAUGGGGUCAGGUGGAGUGGAAUGGAGCCUGGAGUGACAAAUCUUCAGAGUGGAGAUAUGUGAGUGAUGAAGUCCGGUCAAGGCUGACCAACCGUCGUGAGGAUGGCGAGUUCUGGAUGUCGUUUUCCGACUUCCUGCGACAAUACUCUCGCCUUGAGAUCUGCAACCUCACCCCUGAUGCGCUCACAGGCGAUGAGUUCAAGAAAUGGGCAGAGUCAGAGUUUGAAGAAACGUGGAGAAGGGGCGUGUCUGCUGGAGGCUGCAGGAACUAUCCAAAUUCCUUCUGGAUGAACCCUCAGUUUGUCAUAAAGCUGGAAGAGGUCGAUGAUGAUUCUGAUGAUGGUGAGGAAAAGUGCAGCUUCAUCGUAGGAUUGAUGCAGAAAAACAGACGGCGCAUGAGGAAGAUGGGGCAGGACAUGGAGACCAUCGGCUUUGCCAUCUACGAGCUGCCUGAGGAGUACUAUGGCCAAAAGCAAGUGCACCUGAAGAGAAACUUCUUCCUGCGCAACUGCUCAGCAGCGCGCUCCGAGACCUUCAUCAACCUGCGAGAAGUGAGCAACCACCUCUCUCUUCCCCCUGGGGAAUACCUCAUCAUCCCCUCCACCUUCGAGCCAAACAAGAAUGGAGACUUUUAUGUGCGCGUGUUCUCCGAGAAACCAGCUAGUUUCCAAGAGAUUGAUGACCCUGUGGACUGUCAUGUUGAGGAGAUUCAUAUUGAUGAAGAUGACAUCAGUGACAGAUUCAAGAGACUGUUUGGACAGCUUGCCGGACAUGAUGUGGAGAUUUCUGCAUUUGAGCUGCAGAGAAUCCUCAACCGAGUGGUGACGAAUAGACAGGACAUCAAAACCACUGGGUUUAGCCUGGGAACUUGCCGCAACAUGGUCAACCUGCUGGAUAAAGAUGGAAGCGGCAAACUGGGAUUGGUGGAAUUUAAGAUCCUGUGGUCGAAGAUUGAGAAGUUCCUGGAACUGUACAAAGAGAGAGAUGUUGACCAAAGUGGCUGUAUGAGUGCCUCUGAGAUGCGGAUGGCUGCUGAGGAUGCUGGUUUCUCACUCAACAACGCUCUGCAUCAGAUAAUCGUGGCCCGCUAUGCUGACCAAAACCUCAGCAUUGACUUCGACAACUUUGUGUGUAGCUUGAUCCGCUUGGAGUCCGAGUUCAAGACCUUCAAGGCCCUGGACAAAGAUGGCUCUGGUGUGAUCGAGUUGAAUUUUAUGGAGUGGAUGGAACUGGCAGUAUUGUAGAGGAGCUGUGAAUGUCAACAGCUGAACCAUCCAGACUUGUGUUGAAGAGUCAUCAUAUAUGAAUAUUAUAUUAUGCAACGAAUGUCAGUCUGUGUGUUUGUGUACAACUUAAUCACUGGAUACUGGCCUAAAGGGAAAAUAAUAUCUGAGUUUCAUUAUCCACAAACAUAAUAAAACCACAAUGUCCCACAAAUAACUAUCUGCUUAUUCAGUGUUCAUUACAAUAUACCCAUUUCGUGCAGUAUAUGUCCACUGAGAAUGUUAAUGAAUGAAUGUGUUAAACUUGGCUUUCUUGCGGAGAGGCAAAACAUGUAUGCC